GCGCCGAUUGUUUUUCUCUUUUCGAUGGUUGCCAAAUUAAUUACGUUUUGGUGAAGAAAAAAAGUGUGUCGGAAUUUCCAGUUCCAGGUUCCGCUGCUUCGACCCUACCAACUCUUACCCUGCGACUCCCGAUCACUCUCCAUAUUUCCCCGCCUCCAUUCCCAACGGCAGUUCCAGUGAUAGCAUGGCAAUUUCCGACAACUCCGAGCCCAAAACCGCCACCGGCCCCUGCGGCUACGUCCUCGAAGAUGUUCCUCACUUAGUUGAUUACAUCCCCGAUCUCCAAACGUAUCCCAAUCCAUUACAAGACAAUCCCUCCUAUUCGGUUGUCAAGCAGUAUUUCGUCAAUGCGGAUGAUACCGUAGCCCAAAAGAUUGUUGUCCACAAGGAUAGUCCAAGGGGGACGCACUUUCGACGCUCUGGACCACGUCAGAAGGUGUAUUUUGAGUCAAGCGAAGUGCAUGCAUGUGUCGUGACAUGUGGUGGUCUAUGUCCAGGACUGAAUACAGCUAUUAGAGAAAUAGUAUGCGGGCUGAACCACAUGUAUGGUGUCAAAAGAAUUCUCGGAAUAGACGGUGGAUACAGAGGGUUUUAUGCCAAAAAUACAAUCCCCUUAACGCCAGAGGUUGUGAAUGACAUCCAUAAACGUGGUGGCACCAUCCUUGGGACAUCACGAGGCGGGCAUGACACCUCAAAGAUUGUGGACAGCAUCCAGGACAGAGGAAUUAAUCAGGUUUAUAUACUUGGGGGAAACGGAACUCAGAGAGGAGCUUCGUUGAUUUUUGAGGAAAUCAGGAGGCGUGGCCUCAAAGUAGCGGUGGCAGGAAUUCCAAAAACCAUCGAUAAUGACAUUCCGGUUAUAGACAAAUCUUUUGGUUUUGACACUGCUGUUGAGGAGGCUCAGGGAGCCAUUAGUGCAGCCCAUGUUGAAGCAGGAAGCAUUGAGAAUGGUAUUGGAGUCGUCAAGUUAAUGGGCCGCUUUAGUGGAUUCAUAGCAAUGUAUGCUACUCUUGCUAGCCGAGACGUAGACUGUUGUCUGAUUCCAGAAUCGCCUUUCUAUCUGGAAGGACCAGGUGGACUUUAUGAAUAUAUUGAAAGAAGACUGAAGGAGAAUGGUCACAUGGUUAUAGUAAUAGCCGAAGGUGCAGGACAAGAGCUUCUUCCUGAAAGCAUGAACCAGCAGGAUGCUUCCGGAAAUAAGCUUCUGCAAGAUGUUGGUCUGUGGUUAUCGCAAAAUAUUAGGGAUCACUUCUCAAAACAGAGAAAGAUGACUAUAAAUCUCAAAUAUAUAGAUCCCACUUACAUGAUCCGUGCAAUUCCAGGCAAUGCAUCUGAUAAUGUAUAUAGCACCCUCCUUGCUCAAAGUGCCGUUCAUGGUGCGAUGGCUGGAUACACGGGAUUCACUGUCGGCCCUGUUAACGGAAGGCAUGCUUACAUUCCAUUCCAUCGGGUGACCCAGGGGCAGAACAAGGUUGUGAUAACUGACAGAAUGUGGGCACGGUUAUUGUCAUCGACCAAUCAGCCGAGCUUCUUGGACCUCAAAGAUGUCGAAGCAAAGAAGAAAGAGGAAACAAAGGCCCAACUGAUUGUUGGGGAAAACCAUUCUGAAGCGACUCCAGCGUCUAGACCAAAGGAAUAGGAAAAGGGUUCAACGAGCAGCUUGUUUCUGAACUCAAACGUGGUUGUGCACACGGCGUUCUUAUUCAUUUUCGCUCCCUAUCUGUCUUAAUGUGUGAAGUAAUUCUUUAGAAGACCACCCUAUGUCCAGCGGUGUUUCGGGUUUUACCAUCGAUAUCUUUAUAAGGAGUCAUUGUAUAUAUAUGAAACAAAUGAGUAGUUGUGAGUUGUGGGUAGAUACCAUUCCUCUGCACGCUUUUUCCCAACUAAGCUUUACAUUUUCUAUUUUCAGAAUGACUUAUCCAUUAUGUUUUUACUUUAAA